AGAAAGUACCGUACAUUGACUUCGAUCAAUCUUUGCUCGUGGCGACCAAAAUAUCUCAAAAAUAAGUCGGUUAUAUACUCCUUUAUCUCGUUUCAUCCUAAAAAAAGUCUCAACCAGAAACCGUAAUAGUCGCCUUGUUUCAUAUCCAAAACCUUUACAGCAACCCUACUGUACAGCCAAACCUCUGCUAUGAAAUAUAGUCGUAUUGGCUUGUAACUUUGAAUUAGGCUAUGUCAAGGGAAGAACUGUUGGAUAAACUUAAUGUAUAUUUGAACGACAGACAACUUGCUUUACAGGCAAAGAAUGGAGAUGCAAACGGUUUUCCUGUCCAAGAAUCAUUGGACUCUAGUUUGAAAAAAAACACUGCCUUUAUGAAAAGAUGUAGAGCUUCUUUAACCUCUGAUAAUUAUGAUUUAUUUAUUAAAGAAAUUAAGUCUCUUUCGUUAGAAAAAUUUGUGCCUGAAAUCACUCUGUCCAUAGCUGAAGGGCUCUCAAAGUGCAGGUCAGUGAAGGAUAUCCAGGCCGCUGUGAAGAUUGUGUUUUUCCUUUACCAAAGAUUUUCUAUUUCAUUUAUCAGACCGCUACUGGCGAAUUUAUAUUCCAUGCUGUAUCCUUCGCCUUCAGACUCCAUCUCAGGAAACCUUGUAAAGUCUGCGUCCACUGGUGUGAUCUCAGAAUCAGUUACUAAUAAAGGAACUAGUCUUAAUGUUGCAAAAACAAGGGCGCUUUUGAGGAUCUUUAUUGAAUUCUGGCUUCAUGGACUUGUCCGCACCCCAGAAGAUUUCAAAGAUCUCCUUCCUGUUGUCUACGCUUCGGGGAAAAAAUACCGUAAAACAAUGUUUGAUGAGAAAGCACUUCAAACCCCAAUAGUUAUUCUGUUACUGGAAGAUGUGCUCGCGCCCCCCUCCAAUUUCUCUUUAUUGCCAAUCGUCUCCUCAUUAGUCAGGUCAUACAGGUAUGAACUAUUCUCUUCCCACGAGUCAUUACCAGGAGAUAGUCAGAUAAAUCAAUACAUUGAUAGUAUUUGUGAUCCUCGCUGGCGACUUCAACUUCGGUCCCAGCUAGACCGUUAUUAUCAAGAUUUACUUGUCUACAUAAAGCAUCGCCAACAUGAAUAUGAAGAAUAUAGGGAUUGCCUUAGUGAGCAAGACUUUUUGGGGAGCUCAUUGGAGGAUAUCUCAAAUAAGGCUGAGGAUUUCUUAAAAUCUAUCGAAGGCGAUAUUACGAAUGGUGUUUCUAUAUCGGAAGCAUUAGACCAACCAUUCCCUUUGAGCAUAAAGGAAAAGCAAGAAUCGUUCUAUAAAAAACGAGAAGAAGUCAUGAGUUUACAGAAUAACAUACUAAAUGCGGAAACUCUAGUUCAGACAGGUGCUGUCCAACUAUGGGAUUCAGAAGAAGAGCAUCAAUUCUAUGAAACGUUUCCUGAAUUACCAAAUUUAGAUGUCGCCAAUAAGAAAAGCCUCGAGAUUAACGGGGAUCAGGAAUCAAAAUCAGAAGGUUCAAGCGAGGAUUCUCAAAAGUUUACAAAACCAUCCAAGUCUGUCAGCGUCAAAAUUGAUACUCUUUUGCAGACGCUUCCAAAUUUUAUGUCUGUAACUCAAGUUGAUCAGGCUGCUCUAGAGUUUCUUUAUUUGAAUACUAAGGCUUCGAGAAACCGAUUAAUAAAAGCUCUUUGUAAUUUACCUAGAACAAGCUCCUUCUUGGUCCCUUAUUACAUCCGCUUUGCUAGAAUCGUAGCACCUGUUGCUUCUGAAAUUGCUUCUGCUCUCGUAGAGCACGCCCGUGGUGCAUUUCGUCGCAUGAUGCAUAGGAAAGCUAAGCAUGAAUAUGAUACUAGAACUUUGAUUGUUCGCUACGUUUCAGAACUUACCAAAUUUCGGUUGAUGUCUUUUCCUUAUGUGUUUGAUUGUUAUAAAAUGUGUUUAUUAGAUUUUACUUCUUUUGAUCUGGAAGUUUUGUCCUUGCUUUUAGAAAACUGUGGUCGAUUUCUUUUUAGAUUUCCUAAAUCUUCUUUACAAAUGUCCUCAUUUCUAGAAGCUGUACAGAAAAAAAAAUUAGCUGCCGCUCUUCCUUCGCAGGAACAGCUAAUAUUAGACAACGCUUUGUACUUUGUGAAUCCCCCAAAGAAGAGCUCUGCAAGAGCUAGGAAGCGUUCCUUAAAAGAAGAGUUUCUGAGAUAUAUUUUACAUGUUCGUUUAAAUGAAACGAAUCUAUCUGCUACUAUAGCCUUGUUACGAAAAUUCGAUUGGAACAACGAUUAUGAUAUGCUAUACUCGACGUUUAUGGAAGUGUGGAAUAUGAAAUAUGAGUGCUUAAAUUCGUUUGCAAGUUUAGUGACUUCUUUAUAUAAGUUCCAUCCUGAUUUUUGCAUCUAUGUGAUUGAUGACACGGUGGAUUCAAUUUUGACGUACAUCGACUCUAGCAGUUUUGGCGAUAGCCAAAAGCGAUUGGCACAAGCAAAGUUUUUAGCUGAGCUUUAUUGUGUUAGACUACUAGAUGUAAGGUCAAUCAUCGGAAUCUUAUUCUAUUUACUUCCCCCGGAAAAGUUUAAAAACAUCCUUCAAUUUUCUCCGACUGCUGCAAUAAGUAAAGAAAACGAGUUAUUUCGACUUCGCAUGAUUGCACUCUUUCUCUCAACGUGUGGUUCUUCACUUAUACGCUCAAAGACUAGAAAAACGAUGCUGACAUAUAUGUUGGCUUAUCAAUGUUAUUUUCUAGCACAGCCAGAGGUACCUUUAGAUAUGCAAUUUGAGUUUGAGGAUGUGGUUCCAAAAGUUCGUCCUAGUAUGAACGUGUAUAAAAACUUUGAUGAAGCAUGGACUGCUUUGGCUGAAAGACUACAAAGUGGAGUGGACGAUCAUGAUCAAGAUGACGAGGAAAGCUUUAAUCUCCAGUCAGAAAAGUCAAAUGAAAGUGAAAAUGAAUUAGAGGCUGUUGAUUGGGAAGAUAACGAAGAAAAUGAAGAUACAUCAGAAGAUUCAGAGAGUGAAGAGGAAAACAGUAUAGAUUUGGAUGAUUCUGAGAUUUUCAAUAGCGACGACGAAGAACUAGACGAAGAGCGAGUUCAUACAAAUGAAAUCGAUGAAGAGUUAAACCGUAUGAUGAACGAUAGUUUAUCUUCGAGGGCUCAUGAGAGAGGCAUUGCUUUCGAUGUUCCUCUUCCAUUGAGAGGUUCGACUGGAGAUACGUCAUUUUCAGAUCUAAAUAGUAUGUCAAUGGAAAGUGAAGAAAACGUGAAGUUUACUCUCUUAACCAAGAAAGGGAAUAAGCAACGAUCGCAGGUCUUGGAUGUUCCGUCUCAUUCGGUACUAGCGCAGUCUACCAAGACGCGACAAAAAGAAGAAUUGAUGGAACGAAAACGCAUGAAAGAGAUGGUACUAAACUAUGACUAGUUUUGGGAAUUAUGGC